UACUAGUUGAUAGUAAAGCUGAAUCUGAAGCCAAAGAGUCUGGUGAUUUCUCUCUUUCAAAUAUAUAUAAUGAUGAAUAUUCAGAUACUUUAGAUUUUUGUUUGUUUGAUGCUAUUUUUUUG